CCUCUCUUUCCCCCGUCUCUAAGAUGGAGCAAGCAAGAAACUAACAAAGAAACAAGCCAGCUUCGGCCUUGGUGGGAGCCACGAUCAUGCCUUUUUAAUGGCCCGAAUGCCGGCCGGUUGCAGCGGAGAUUUUUACAGCUUUGCAGGGGAGAAGGUAGCUGUAUCCAAGGGGUACCAUGAAGUUUUCGGGACCCCUGGAGAAUCAGAGGUUGUCCAUCCUCCUAGAGAUGGCAAUCUCUAGGGAAGCUCAGAUGUGGAAAGUGUACGUGCCCAGAAUUCAGCCCAAUCAGGAUGCAGGCAUUUCUCCAACCCAGCGGGACGAAGUGAUUCGGUGGCUGGCCAAACUCCGAUGCCAGUUCCACCUUUAUCCGGAAACGCUUUCUCUGGCCGUCAGCCUGUUGGACAGGUUUUUAGCUGCUGUGAAGGCGCGCCCAAAGUACCUGAACUGUAUUGCCAUCAGCUGCUUCUUCCUCGCCACGAAGACCAUUGAGGAAGAUGAGAAGAUUCCAGUGCUGAAGAUCUUAGCCAGGGAUAGUUUUUGUGGCUGUUCUCCGGCAGAGAUUCGCAGAAUGGAGAAGAUUAUACUGGAUAAAUUGAACUGGGAUCUUCACACAGCCACUCCGUUGGAUUUCCUUCACAUUUUCCAUGCAGUCGCCUUGUCCACCAGGCCUCAACUGCUGACCAGCUUGCCCAAGAUGAAUCCGUCCCAGCACGUUGCUUUGCUGACCAAGCACUUACUGCAUUGCCUAGCCUGCUACCAACUCCUCCAGUUCAAGGGCUCCAUGUUGGCCCUGGCCAUCGUGAGCCUGGAAGUGGAGAAGCUGAUUCCUGAUUGGCUGGCUCUCAUCAUCGAACUGCUCCACAAGGCACAGAUGGAUAGCUCCCAGCUGAUCCACUGCCGGGAGCUGGUGUCCAAGCACCUUUCCACUCUGCAGCCUCCACUCCUGCCCAACUCGGUUUACCUCUACAGUCCCCUCAAGCACAACCUGGUGACUUGCCCCACGGGGGCCUUCCGAUUCCACGCCCCCGUGGUGCCAGUCCCCGAUUGGCAGGACAACAGCAAGCCCGAAAUGCCCGCCAAAGGAUCCGCCACGCUCUGCCACCGCCGCCGGCUCCCUCCCGGCAGGUGCAAGCCCGCGACGGCCAAGCGCAAGGUGGAAGAGAUGGAGGUGGACGAGUUCUACGACGGGAUCAAGCGGUUGUACAACGAAGAGAGUCCUCCAGACGGCGGGGAAGGCAAGGCCACCCCCGGGUGUGGCAUCGACGUCUCGUGGCAAGGAGGCAGCGUUUCUCCCUGCCCUCCAUUGCAGCCCGUUUCUGUCAUGUAGCCUAAUGUUCCUCAGGCUCAGCAACUUGACG